AUGGAGACUCGGAAGGCGUUUUGGGAGUUCAUCAUUCUUGCAGCUAGUUUUGGCUUCAUCAAGUCACAGAGAAUUGUCUGCAGGGAAGCGUCUGUGGGAGAUGUCGUGUUUCUAGUGGACGCCAACAUCAACGCCCAACAUACCCGCAGCAUGCGGAACUUCUUGUACAUCGUGGUAAACAGCUUCAAUGUCAGCAAAGAGACCAUCCGCGUGGGGCUGGCUCAGUACGGCGACAUGCCCCAUUCCGAGUUCCUACUUUCCACCUACCCCCGCAAAGUCGAUGUGUUGAAACACAUUCUGAGGUUUCAGUUUCGGCCUGGGGGCCACAGGUUGGGCCUGGCCCUGCGGUUCCUUCUAGAUCAGCACUUCCAGGCAGCAGCAGGGAGUCGGGCAAGCCAGGGCGUGCCUCAGACGGCCCUGGUGAUCAUCAGCAGCCCAGCUGAGGACGGUGCGCAGGAAGCCGCCGAGGCCCUCAGGAGGGCGGGCGUCCGGCUUUAUACCGUUGGUGUCAAAGAUGCGGUGUUGGCCGAGCUCAAGGGGAUUGCGAGCAGUCCUGAGGAGAAGUUCGCCUCUUUUGUUCCCAACUUCUCUGAUCUGGGCAGUCUUGCUCAGAAGCUGCGGCAACAGCUCUGUGACACUUUGGCAAAGGCAGUUCAGCCUGUUGACAACGUCUUUCCAGCUUGCAGAGAGGCAGUCUUAGCAGACAUUGUCUUCCUAGUAGACAGCUCAACCAGCAUUGGACCCCAGAACUUCCAAAAAGUGAAGAACUUCCUUUACUCUGUCAUCUUGGGGCUUGACAUCAGCAGUGACCAGGUCCGAGUGGGACUUGCUCAGUAUAAUGACAACAUCUACCCAGCCUUUCAGCUGAACCAGCACCCUCUGAAGAGUGUGGUCCUGGAGAAGAUCCAGAAUCUUCCCUACCGUACAGGAGACACAAACACAGGGAGUGCCCUGGAGUUUAUCAGGAGGCACUACUUGACUGAGGCAGCUGGCAGCCGGGCCAAGGACAGGGUUCCUCAGAUAGUUAUCCUGGUGACAGAUGGGGAGUCAAAUGAUGAAGUUCAGGAGGCAGCUAACAAGUUAAAAGAAGAUGGAGUGGUUGUUUAUGUGGUAGGGGUCAAUGUCCAAGAUGUCCAGGAAUUGCAAAAAAUAGCCAGUGAGCCAUUUGAGAAGUAUCUCUUCAACAUCGAAAACUUCAACACCCUUCAGGAUUUCUCAGGAGGCAUUCUUCAGACUCUGUGCUCAGCAGUGGAGGGUAAGAUAAAAGAAUUCACCCAAGCUUAUGCAGAUGUGGUCUUUCUUGCCGACACCUCACAGGGCACAUCACAUGCCAGUUUCCAGUGGAUGCAGAAUUUCAUCUCCAGAGUGAUUGACCUGCUGGAUGUUGGCAGGGACAAGUACCAGAUUGGGCUGGCUCAGUAUGGUGAUCAAGGCCACAUCGAAUUUUUGCUCAAUACCUACCAGACCCGGGAUGAGAUGAUUGCCCAUGUCCGUGACCACUUUUUGCUCCAGGGUGGCUCCAGGAGGACGGGCAAAGCUCUGCGAUAUCUUCAUCAGACUUUCUUCCAGGAGGCAGCAGGAAGCCGGUUUCUCCAGGGUGUUCCGCAAUAUGCAGUGGUCAUGACCUCAGGCAAAUCUGAGGAUGAGGUCUGGGAUGCCGCACAGACUUUGAGGGAAAAAGGUGUGAAAGUCAUGUCUGUGGGUGUACAGGACUUUGACAGGAGAGAACUGGAGGGGAUGGCAACCCCACCCCUUGUAUAUGAGAUGCAAGGACAAGAUGGAGUCAGACAGUUGAUGCAGGAUGUGGCUGUGGUGAUCCAAGGGACCGGGCAGCUCGGGUUUGGGACUGCGUCUGAGAAGGAGCCUGUAGUAGGGAGAAGAGAAGAGCCUACUCUUGGUAAGGGGAAGAGCUUCAGUGAGGGUGUGGAAGUGGGAAUGGGCUGGAUGAAUGUGGAAGAAAGUGAGAAAAAUGGAGCCGAUUGGAGGAGGGGGGAGGGUUUGGAGGUAGUGAGAGAUGAGAUUGAUGAGGACUCCGCUGUCUAUACCUUGGCUUCAGCCUUCUGCAUGUGUGAUUUUGGCUCUGUGCUAGGGAGAUUUCUGUUUUCAUAUGUCAAAACAGAUCUGGACCUUUUUGCAUGUCCGACGGCUAUCCCAACUGAUUUGGUCUUUCUCAUUGAGGAAUUCAGCUGGGACAGGCAAUCAAAUUUCCAACAGGUCGUCAGCUUCUUAAAGACCACUGUCAGCUCUCUAAACGUUCGUCCAGAUGGUGUGAGAAUUGGCUUGGUCUUUUACAGUGAGGAACCACGACUGGAGUUUUCCCUGGAUGCAUUUCAGAACCCAGCCAAAAUCUUAGAGUAUUUGGACAAAAUAACCUACCGGAGAAGAAGUGGAAGGACCAAGACUGGAGCUGCUUUGGAUUUCCUAAGGAACGAAGUUUUCAUUGAGGAGAGGGGCAGCCGGUUCAAACAUGGUGUGCAGCAGCUGGCCGUGGUCAUCACGGAAGGCUUCUCUCAGGACCAGUUGUCCAAGCCAGCUUCCCUCCUCCGCAGGGCAGGGGUUACCAUCUAUGCGGUGGGCACCCACCUUGCCUCAGAGAGUAAGGACCUGGAGAAUAUAGCAUCAUAUCCUCCUUGGAAGCAUGUCAUCUCGCUGGAAUCCUUUCUGCAACUCUCUGUUGUGGGAAACAAGAUUAAGAACCAACUCUGCCCUGAGACUGUGGACAAAGGUGUUUCCAUUUCUGGGAUGGGCCAGGCUCCACAAGAAGACUGUGUGCACAUUGAGAAGGCCGAUAUUUACUUCCUUGUCGAUGGGUCUAGCAGCAUCAACCAUGAUGAUUUUCUCGAAAUGAAGAUGUUCAUGAGUGGGGCGAUAAAGAGGUUCCAAAUUGGGCCUGACAGAGUACGGUUUGGAGUCGUUCAGUACUCAGAUGGAAUUGAUAUUCAAUUUAUCCUCAACCAGUAUUCCAGUGUGUCAGGACUGAAGGCAGCCAUUGAUGACAUCCAGCAGAGGAAAGGUGGCACCAUGACCGGUCAGGCCUUGAGCAGCAUGGCUCAGGUCUUUGUGAACACCACCCGCAGCGGUGUGCCUUGGUAUCUCAUAAUCAUCACUGAUGGUAAAUCUGAAGACCCGGUGGCUGAGCCUGCAGAGGCAUUGAGGAGAGAAGGAGUCAUCAUUUAUGCUAUUGGAAUAAAAAAUGCUAAUGUUAUGGAGCUCAAGGAGAUAGCUAAAGAUAAGACGUUUUUCACGCCUGAGUUUGAUUCCUUGAAGGCCAUCCAACAAGAUGUGGUCCAGGACAUCUGCUCCUCAGAGACCUGUAAGAAUAGGCAAGCUGAUAUUAUCUUCCUGAUAGAUGGUUCGGAAUCCAUCUCCCCAAAAGACUUUGAAAAGAUGAAGGGAUUCAUCAAGCGGAUGGUGAACCAAGCUGAUAUUAGUGCUGAUGAAAUUCAGAUUGGCCUUUUGCAGUUCAGCUCAACUCCUCAGGAAGAAUUCAGGCUUGACCAAUACUCCUCAAAGGCGGACAUCCACAGAGCCAUCUCAAAUGUUCAGCAGAUCAAGGAUGGCACCCACACUGGGAAAGCCCUGACUUUCACUCUGCCUUUUUUUGACAGUUCAAGAGGAGGGAGACCCAGUGUUCAUCAGUAUUUGGUUGUGAUCACUGAUGGGGUUGCCCAGGAUGACGUGGUCGUGCCAGCCAAGUCUCUCAGGGACAGGAACAUCAUUAUUUUUGCCAUUGGGGUGGGAGAAGCCAAAAAUGCUCAGCUUUUGCAGAUUACUGAUGACCCGCAGAAAGUGUACUAUGAAGAGAAUUUUGAGUCCCUGCAGAACUUGGAGAAGAAACUUCUUCUUAAGGUUUGCAUUCCGCAAGGAUGCGACAUAGAUUUGUCUGUAGGAGUUGAUAUUUCCACUUCCGCAAGGCAAGUUCAGCAGAAACUUCAAGGGUUACUGCCGGAGGUGAUGCGACCGUUGGCCUUGCUUUCCAACAUCAGCUGUAGUGCUGCUGGUGGCCUCAACCUGAUGUUCCGCUACUUGGUCCCUGGCUCAAAUGGCCAGCUUAUCUUUGACUCAGGCUUUAAAAAGUAUAGCGAUGAUAUUAUUCAGACAUUCUUAAUUCAUCAGACUGCCACGAGCAACUAUAUGGAUGCGGAUUUUUUGCAGUCCCUGGGAGAUCACGCUAUCCAUCUGUCUUCUGCUAAAGUGAAGGUCCUUUUAGUGUUUACAGACGGACUGGAUGAUAAUUUCCAGAGACUGAAGAUAACAUCUGAGCUUCUCCGCAGCAAAGGAUUCUCUGGGCUCCUCUUUAUUGGCCUGGAAGGUGUGCAUAAAUUAGAAGAGCUCCAGGAGCUAGAAUUUGGCAGAGGAUUCAUAUAUAAUCAACCUCUGAGCAUCACACUGCAAUCCCUCCCAAGCAUCUUACUGAAGCAACUUGACACAAUUGUGGAAAGAAGAUGCUGCAAUAUAUAUAUAAAGUGUUUUGGAGAAGAUGGGUACCACGGUGAUGGUGGAAACCCUGGGAGCAAGGGAAAGCUGGGUGCUGAUGGGUUACCUGGUCAUCCUGGUGAAGAAGGUGGACAUGGAGAAAGAGGCCCCCAGGGCCUUCCUGGACCCCGAGGUGAGGAAGGAUGCCCAGGUGUGAGAGGACCUAAGGGAGCAAGAGGAUUUUCAGGAGAGAAGGGAAGCCCUGGUGAUGAAGGUGUUGAUGGCUUGGUUGGGGAACAGGGUAAUCGUGGAGCCCCGGGGUCAUCUGGAGAAAAAGGAAAUAGGGGAAAUUGGGGCUUGACAGGACCACCUGGACCUCCUGGAGAGCACGGAGAGCCUGGGUUAAGGGGAGACCCUGGAGAUCCUGGAGCAGAUAGUUACAUCCAAGGCCCUAAGGGAGAAAAAGGAAGGCGUGGACAUUGGGGACGUUCUAGUUUCGAUGGACCUCAGGGGGAACCUGGAAAUGUUGGCCCUCAGGGGUCAAGAGGAAGACGAGGUGUGCCAGGGCUGAAGGGUGUGCGUGGAGAAUCCGGUGAACGGGGUUACCACGGAGAGCUUGGAUACCCAGGCUCACAGGGACUGAGAGGAAGGCAAGGACCACCAGGAAAUUCUGGACAAAGAGGCUUACCGGGUGCUGAGGGGGUUCCUGGGCCUCCAGGGCCAAUUGGUUCCAAAGGAAAAGCUGGACCAACAGGAAUGAAGGGGGAAGUUGGUGAUGCAGGAGCCACAGGCCCGCAGGGUCCACAAGGACUAAGAGGGCAACCUGGCCUUUUAGGUCCAGAUGGAUAUGGAUAUCUGGGAAGAAAAGGAAAAAAGGGUGAACCUGGAUUUCCUGGCUCUCCUGGUGCACAAGGAGAAGAUGGUGAUCGGGGCCACCAAGGAGAGAAGGGGGCAAAGGGAAUCAGAGGAAGGAGGGGUAAUGCUGGCUUUCCUGGACUUAUUGGAACUCCAGGUGACCAAGGCCCUCCAGGACCAGUGGGCAUCAAGGGGCUCAAAGGCUUGGCAGAUAUGAUGCCUUGUGAAAUCAUUGCUAUCAUACAAGAGAACUGCCCUUGUUCAACAGGUAUUUCCAAAUGCCCAGCGUUCCCUAGCGAAGUGGUCUUUGCCUUGGACAUGUCCAAUGACGUCUCCCAGUCGGAUUUUGAGAGGAUGAGAAACAUUCUAUUAUCUCUGUUGAUGAGGAUGGAAAUAAGUGAGAGUAACUGCCCAACGGGCGCCAGAGUGGCCGUCGUUUCGUACAACGCCAAAACAGACUACCUGAUUCGCUUCUCAGACCACAAGGGGAAGCCCGCGCUCCUGCAGGCGGUCAGGACAAUCGCGCUGCAAGGCUCCUCUGGCAGCAGGAACCUUGGGGAGGCCAUGAGGUUUGUCGCAAGACAUGUAUUCAAACGUGUGCGCUCAGGCCUUCUCGCGAGGAAAGUGGCUGUGUUCUUCCAGGCGGGCUGGGCUCACGAUACGGAUGCCUUCAGCACUGCCACUCUGGAGCUCAGUGCCCUGGACAUCACCUCUGCGAUCAUCACCUUCACAGAGGAGCACAACCUCCCGGAUGUCCUGCUGACGGAUGGAACCAACAGAUUUCACCUGUUUGUCUGGGAGACCGAGAGUCAGCAGGACGUGGAGCACAUGGUCCACUGCACUCUCUGCUAUGACAAGUGCAGACCAGACCCAGAGUGUGAGCGGAGCGCGCCAGGACCCCUGGCAGGGGACAUGGACGUGGUAUUUGUGGUGGACAGCUCCUAUGGCGUUGGUGCUGAUGUGUACCGCACUGCCCUGAGUCUAGUGGAUGCCAUGCUCGACGACCUGGAGGUGGCCGUGCAGCCUAGCGUGUCCCUCCAUGGGGCGCGUGCUGCCCUGGUGAUGUACACAACUCCAGGCUUCUGGCCCGGUGCAGGGCGCCCCCCUGUGCUGGAGGGCUUCCACCUGACCUCCUAUGGCCAAAAGAUACAGAUGCGGAGGUACCUCCGUGAGGCUUCUGGCCGCCCUCUGCAGGGAGCUCCCGCCCUGGGACACGCCCUGGAGUGGACUCUGGAGAAGGUGCUCCUGGCAGCCCCUCUGCCCAGGCAGGUGCGGGUCCUCUUUGCCAUCGUGGCCAGUGAGACCAGCAGCUGGGACCAGGAGAAGCUAAGGACUCUGUCCCUGGAGGCCAAGUGCAAGGGCAUCACUCUGUUUGUGCUGGCCUUGGGCCCAGGUGUGGGUACCCAUGAGCUGGCUGAGCUGGAGGGUGUGGCCAGCCUCCCCACCGAGCAGCACCUGCUACGUCUGGAGGGAAUCUCAGGCCAGGAAGUAGCCUAUGCCCAGGGAUUCACGAGGGCCUUCCUGAACCUUCUAAAAAGUGGAAUAAACCAGUACCCAUCCCCCGAGCUCAUUGGAAAAUGUGGGGGCCCGAACCGAGGGGACACUCUGCUGCAGCCAUUUAGGCUUGUCAGGAGGUUGCCCAAGCUCCAAUUUGGCCAAUCUGGCUUUGCGGGUGAUCUGGAAGCACUUGGAGGGACAGACAUUUUGCUAGAGGAGAAUAGAAAAGCCACAGUGAAAUCUGUAACUUGGCAAGAAGCACUUGAAAAUUAUGAAAAGAAUGGACAUGGUGCUGAAGGAAAUGGACAAGAAAGGCCUGCAAGACGAAAACAAACUGGAAAAGAAAGAAAUUCAGGCACUGCCUAUGGUCCUUGUUCCAUGGAUCCAAUGGCAGGAAAGUGCCAGGAUUACACCCUGAAAUGGUAAUACAACAAGGAGAAGCAGACCUGCCAACAGUUCUGGUAUGGCAGCUGUGGGGGCAACACUAACCGGUUCGAAACCAAGGAAGAGUGUGAGGCGCGGUGUGUCCCAACACCCCUGUAGGGCAGAACCUCAUUAUGGCUUCUUCUGUUUUCAUAGCCGAAGAAAACGAUUUUACCUUUCCUGAGACAGUGCCAUGCAGCUCAUCAGUUAUGUAGCUCAUAGGUCGGAUUCCUAACCCCUGAAUUUUUUCCUACCAGCGAGGACUUGGGCCAGGUGAUUUGUGACUUGAGAAGGACUGCAUUCUAGUAGCUAAAAGAGUAACUGAAACUUUCCUGCAAGUUUGUAAAGGACUUACAACUGAAUGAAAAAUAAACUUAACUUGACCUAUAACAUUACUUAAAAUUGUUUUCGGCUCUGUAGCAAAAGAAAACUCAGUGUAAGCAGUGAUUAGAACCUAAUUUGAAAAUGCGUUGAAACUUGAAUUCUUGUGUAUCCCUAGAGAAGGUGGAAGUGUUAGUCAAAGUGGGGGGUCUGGAAAUUUUUAAUGUGAUAUUUAAUCCUUGCCACUCAGCGUAAAAAUAAAGGUAUUUUGGU